GUGUCGGACGUCGAGCUUUCGGGCCUGACGAAGCGCUACGGCGAGACCCUCGCGGUCUCGGAUGUCUCGCUUCGGGUCGAGGAGGGAGAGUUCUUCUCCCUCCUCGGCCCGUCGGGCUGCGGCAAGACCACGACGCUGCGCAUGAUCGCGGGCUUCGUCCGCCCGAACGAGGGCCGCAUCUUCAUCGGCGGCGAGGACAUGACCCUUCUGCCGCCGGAGAAGCGAGGGAUCGGUAUCGUCUUCCAGAACUACGCGAUCUUUCCGCACAUGACGGCGUUCGACAACAUCGCCUUCGGCCUGAAGAUGCGGAAGGUGCCAAAGCGGGAGAUCCGCAGCCGCGUCGGCAAGGCCCUCGAACAGGUCAAUCUCGACGGCUACGAGCGGCGCUAUCAGCGCGAGCUUUCCGGCGGCGAGCAGCAGCGCGUGGCGCUCGCCCGCGUGCUGAUCACCGAACCGAAGAUUCUGCUUCUCGACGAGCCCUUGAGUGCGCUCGACAAGAAGCUUAGGGAGGAAAUGAAGUACUGGAUCAAGGGGCUGCAGCACUCCCUCGGCAUCACCACCGUGUACGUCACCCACGACCAGGGCGAGGCACUCACCAUGUCGGACCGGAUCGCGGUGAUGAACCGGGCUCGGGUGGUGCAGAUUGGCGCGCCCGAUACGAUUUACGAGCAUCCGGCCGACCGUUUCGUGACCGACUUCAUCGGCGAAUCCAACAUCCUCGAAGCGCGGGUCGCGGCGGUGAGUGGGGAUGAAUGUCGCGUCGCCGUAGGCCGGGUCGAGUUCGCAGCACCGCGGCGCGACGGGAUCGAGACCGGCCAGACGGUGGGCUUCGUGGUGCGGCCGGAGCGUGUGCUGAUCGGCGCCGCCACCCAGGCUGUUGACGGUCCGAAAGUCACCGCGACCGUGGUCGAUCGCAGCUAUCAGGGCGCGAUCAUCCGCUACCGAUUGCAGUUCGAAGGCCAGGAAAUCGUUGCCGAGGUUCCCAACCGGCCCGAUCAGCCCGAUCUCGCCGACGGAGCCGAGGCCGUGAUCGGCUGGACCGUGGCGAGCAGUGAAUUGCUCGUCGACUGA